CUUAGCUCGAAAGUAUUAGCGUUGUAGUCUGUGGCUUGCCUUGAGAGUUUGAAAUGAAAAGCUAGUAGGUAGAUUUGUGUAGUGUGUACUUUUUCACUGUCACUGUUACGUCAGCGUCAAUCACGUUAAUCUGUUGCUGUUGUCCUGUGUAUUUUAGGUACGAUGUUCACGGAUAAAGUUGUGCUUAUUACCGGUGCAAGUUCUGGGAUUGGAGCUGACAGCGCCAAAGAGUUUUCCAAACUAGGAGCAAAUGUUAUAAUAACGGGAAGAAAUAAGUCAAACCUUGAUGAAGUAUCUAAAACAUGUGAAGAAGUUUCUCCGAAUAAACUGAAACCUUUGGUUAUUAUUGCUGAUAUUAAUAAAGAAAACGAUGUUGAAAAUAUCAUAAAAACCAGUAUCAAUAAUUUCAAUAAACUUGAUGUAUUGGUAAAUAACGCUGGUGUGUUAGAAUCGGGAUCUAUAGAGACCACGUCUCUUGAACAGUACGACAGAGUUAUGGGCACUAACGUGCGUAGUCAGUACUAUUUGACCAUGUUAGCUACUCCGCACCUUAUUAAGAGCAAGGGAAAUAUUGUAAACGUUUCUAGUGUAACUGGCAUGAGAUCUUUCCCAAAUGUCCUUGCCUAUUGUAUGUCGAAAGCAGCAGUGGAUCAAUUUACUAGAUGUGUUGCUCUAGAGCUUGCUCCAAAGGGCGUUCGUGUUAAUGCUGUAAACCCUGGAGUUAUCACUACUGGUUUACACAAAAAAGAUGGAUUGAACGAUGAACAAUAUGAAGCGUUUUUGAAAAAAUGUGCAACUACACACGCCCUUGGUAGACCUGGAGAAACAAAGGAAGUAACUUCAGUUAUCGUGUUUUUAGCAGGCGAAGGUGCGAGCAAUAUUACAGGAGCUACCUUACCCGUUGAUGGUGGCCGACAUGCAAUGUGCCCUCGUUGAACGAUGUUUAUAAAUAAAAUUUUUACUAAAACAA